AUGUUACAAAAACUAAGAAGUAGAUCUAAGAAUGUUAUUUCAUCUAUAUUAUUGAAAAGAUACAGUCACACUACUUCAAUAACUGGUACUCGAUAUCGUAAUCGCCCACAAACAGUUGACGUUUCAUUGGAAAAAACGGAAUUAUUUAAGGUAUUUCCUGAAAUAAAUGAAGAGAUACUUGACGAACAGCUAAUUUAUCUUGACGAAUAUCCAGAUUAUCGAAAAAGAUAUACCAAAUUGAUGUAUUACAAUACCCACGAUAUAAAUCCAAGAUUUCUAUCUAGAGCUAUAUUCACAGUACAUGCUUACAGACUUCUGGAAAAACCAUCCCUUUUGACACUAGAUAAUAUAAGAAAAGCUUGUAUUCUUGGGUGGUGUCAUAGAAUGAUAGAUAUUUCGAUAAUUAUAGAUGACGAUAUCGCAGAUGACUCUAAAAUACGUUACAACAAACCAACUUGGCACCAGCUCGACGAAGUAGGAAUAAACAACGCUAUUCUUGAUGCCGCUUUCAUAGAAUCCGCCGCUCACUUCCUAAUCAUCAACCAUUUUUCCAAUCAUUCCCAAUACGUCAACAUCCAAAGAGAAUUAUUAAGCUCUUACGCCCAUACUAAUGUGGCUCAACUGCAUGAAAUUAAGAAACGUAAAAUUGAGGAUUUAGAAAAAUGUCAAAAUUUUGCAAAAUUUAUUAUCAUGACACAACCAGUUGUUGCUUCAGCAUUGUAUUUGGCAAAUAUUGUUGAUACAGACGCUCAUGCUGCUUCCAAACAAAUAUGUUUGGAUAUCGCUCGUUUCCAAAAGAUCGAUGACGAUGUGAAAGGGAUAAUGACUCCUUUCAGUGAAAGGCUGAAAGAAUGUACGGAUAUUUCAGAAGGUAGGACUUCUUGGUUGGCGAUUGAAGCUUAUAAAAGAAGCAACGAAGCACAAAGGAAAAUCUUACGUGACCACUAUGUACUCGAUAUUGUAAUCGCCCACAAACAGUUGACGUUUCAUUGGAAAAAACGGAAUUAUUUAAGGUAUUUCCUGAAAUAA